GGAUCCAUGAUAAGACCGCAGCUGAUCCGCACAUGGUUCGGCCCUAGAGCAGUGCCCCUAUACAUCAUGACUGGUGCUGGCCCUGCAAGGAUGGCAUCCGGGAGCCGCCUAGAUUGUAUUUUUGCGUAACAUCUCGCGAUAAGAGUAGGUAGGUAAGGAUGAGGACGGGAUCAGAUGCAGUAGGUUAUAAUUUGUGUCUGUCUCAACACCCGUCUGAGAUACCUUACACUUGCUUGUUUCUUCUAAGAUAUUGGAAUCAUGUUCUCCGUGUUACUUGUUUUACUCACGAUCUUAGGAGUACCUGCUUCCAGAGCCACGGGGCCAUCAACUCUACAAUCCCGUGAUGAAGAUGUCAAUGGGACCUACAUACCCACCAAAGCCCCCUACGCCAACAUUUUCGCGCAACUCUUAUAUGAGGAGAAUGACGCCUUACGUACUUUCUUAAACACUCGCCAAAACACAACAGAUGUUGGAAUCUUCACGAAAAUAUGGUCCCUCGGUACACUUCCACCAAACAAGACCGACGCAGUAGCAUAUCUCGAUGGCGAAACGCUGCCAAGACCCGUUCCUACUGGCCUCGCAGCGCUGAAGCGGAAAAUGAUGUUGACGCGGCUAAGACGCGCUCAUACUGGCCACGUGAGGUCACUGAGACCGAGAAUUAAGGGGUCUCAUGGCUUGUUGUACGAGCUAUCGAAAGAUGGGCAUUUUGCUGGGUUUGAAGCAGUCGGGACUUGGUGGUCUAUUUUGCGGUGCAUGUCUUACUAGUACCUAGUAGCUACCUAGUCUUUGAAGACCUAGGUGAAAUGUAAUGCUUGUGGGGGUGGGUAGAAAUAUAAAUGUAGUAGAAGAAAACUGAGUAGAUUAACUCACCUCGUCUAUUGACCUACUCACGACCCUAGG